UACAAAAGCAUCCCCAGACAAUACAAAAUCACCCGUUAUUGAACUAAGUUUAUAUACAAAAGCAAAGUACGUAUGGCACUUUCAUCUGUUCACAAUGAAACUCGUAGAAUGUUUGAUACCUUGGACGAAAAUGGCGAUGGGAGGCUCAGUCUGCGUGAAAUCAAUUGCUUCCUCAAUAAGCUUGGAAUACAUCUGACUGAGGAAGAGUUAAAGUGUAUGGUGAUGGCUGUUUCUCAUAGCGAAGAUAGUAGUUUAACAUUUGAUGAAUUUGUUGAGCUUUACCAAUCUGUUCUGGAUAAGAGCAGUUCUAGUACCAGUACCAGUGGUAAUGAAGAAAGCCAGGAUUUAUGUUUAAUGGAGGCAUUCAAAGUUUACGAUUUGGAUGAAGAUGGGUAUAUUUCUUCUUCCGAGCUUCAACGAGUGCUGAGUAAUUUGGGAUUGAUAGAGCAGGGUAGGCAUUAUUUGGAGGAUUGUCAGAGAAUGAUAUGUAGAUUUGAUGAUAACUUCGACGGCCUCAUGGAUUUCUCUGAGUUUAAGAACAUGAUGACCACCAAAACCUGAAGGUGUUCACUUUUGACCUCGUUUGGCAGUUCGGGGUUAUUCAGGGUUUUUCAGAUUUUGAGAUUUUGAGCUUUAAACAGCCAGUACAUUAUUUGUUAUCAUAUUUGCAGCUUUGGUUUCUAAACAGAUUUAUAAAUCCUUACAAAAACAUCAUAAUUGACUCUGUAAAACAUCACAGUUCAAAGUUGAAUUCUGAUAAA